UUUCUCCAAGUCUUCCCUCUUCCAAAUCACCAAGCAAACACAAUAGAAAAUGGAGGAAAGGAAGGAAGGGGAAGAGAGAUUAUAUGGUCAACCUUGGGAAAAGGGAUUGAAUGGGAAGCCGCAAGCCCUUUUGGAGGUUCUCCAACGACCACCGCUCGUGUACCUCCGCCUCGAGCACCUCGCCUGUGUCCUCCAUAACGGCGGCGGAGAUGGCCGUGGAGUUCCUCUGCCCCAUCUCCCGCUCCCUCAUGGCCGACCCCGUCAUCGUCCCUCCCUCCGGCCACACCUUCGAGCGCAGCUGCGUCCAGGCCUGCGCCGACCUCGCCUUCUCCCCGCCCGGCCUCUCCCUCGAACUCAGCCCUUCCCCUCUCGUUCUCAUCCCCAACGUCGCCCUCAAGUCCGCCAUCCUCAGCUGGUGCCAGAGCAUUGGCGUACCGCCCCCCCAGCCCAUGCCCCCCGACGCCGCCCGCGCCCUCGUCCGUAGCCUCAUGCCCCCCUCCAGUAAUCCACGUCCCUCCCCUCCUCAUGCUGCCGGUGGUGAUGGUAGUGGUGGUGGUGGUCAUGGGAGAAGAGAUCGAAGGGGUGAAUUCAUGCGGAGAUUCGCGGCGUUCUCUUUCGACGAAGCAGAGGAGGCGGAAAAAGGUGAGGCCUCUCGAUCGCCACACGGGUACGGUGGAACUGAAAGAGGAAAAGAGAAACGAGGUGAGCUCUCCAGAGCAGCAGCUGCCGCGGAUUCUUACGGUGGAACUGAAAGAGGAAGAGAGAAAAGAGGUGAGCUCUCCAGAGCAGCAGCUGCCGCGGAUUCUUACGGCAGCCGAUACGACGAGAAAGGUGAGGCGGUGCGAGCUUCUUCGGCGUCCUCGGAUGGGGAGGGUGAGAUUUUUGGCAGCAGAUCGACGAGACCGGCCCAGAGUUUGAGGGGGGCGAUGAAUCCCAACGCCCCUUCCGCUUUCUCCGUUCGCACCAAGAAUCAAGCUCCCUCCUUUUCGCAGCACUUAACCUCGUCGGCGUCCUCGUACCAGUCGUCUUCCUCCAAUUCCUCCAUCACCGAGGCCUUCGUCGAGGAAGCGCCCAAAGAGCCGCCGCCACCCGAAGUCCACAAUCGGACCGCUACCAGUCUCCCCACGUCCCAGACUGCCGACGUCGGUGUGUCGGAAGAGGAGGUUCUGAUUAAAUUGAUGGAUACGGAGCUCUCCGAACAGGAAUCCGCUGUGGUGUUGCUCCGGCAAGCUACCAAGGAGAACCGCAAGCGCCGGAUCGACCUCUGCACGCCUCGCCUCCUCGCCGCGCUCCGCUCUAUGCUCCUCUCAAGCAGCGCCGCCGUCCAGAUCAGCGCGACCGCCUCAUUGGUGAACCUUUCUUUGGAGCCUGAGAACCGGGUCCGCAUUGUGAGGUCAGGGGCAGUGCCGCCGCUCGUGGAAGUGCUCGAGGGCGGGUACCCGGAGGCCCGCUACCACGCCGCUGGCGCUCUCUUUAGUCUGGCCAUCGCUGACGAAAACAGAGCGGCGAUCGGCGUUCUUGGUGCCAUCCCGCCGCUGCUCGACCUCUUCUCCGUGCCCUCAGCCGACGGCCUCCGCGCUCGUCGCGACGCCGGGAUGGCGUUGUACUACCUCUCCCUCGCCGGCGCCAACCGUUCGAAGAUCGCGAGAGCUCCAGGGGUGGUGCGGGCCCUGCUCUCGGUAGCGUCGGAGAGGGAGGUGUCCCCGGGAGGGACGCCGUCGACGACGCAAGGGCCGGGAUUAGCGAGGCUGGCGAUGAUGGUCGUGUGCAACCUCGCCGGUUGCAACGAGGGGCGGGCGGCGCUGAUGGAUGGCGGGGCAGUGACGUCGGUGGUGUCUCUUAUGAGGUCGCCGGCGGCUGCCGCGGUGGAGGAAUACUGCGUGGCGGCGCUAUACGGGAUGAGCCGCGGGAGCCUCCGUUUCCGCGGAUUGGCAAGGUCGGCGAGCGCGGAGCCGGUGCUGACGCGGGUGGCGGAGGGCUGGGUCAGCGGCGGCGAGAUGCGGCGGGAGAUGGCCAAGAAGACGCUUAGGGCGCUGAGGGGGGACGACGAAGACGACGCCGAGCCGUCGCUGUCGAUGGGGUUCCCGGCGGACGACGACGGCAGCAUCGUCUCGGAGGGGAUGAUGUCAAUUCGCAGGCGGCCCAAUUACUAUGCUAACCCGCCGCGCAUGAACUCGGCCGAGUUCUGACCGAGUCUGGAUGACUCGGUCUUCUCUAUAUUUAAUUCAUUUGUAGCCCUUAAUUGGUUUCUUUUAGUGUGGAUGCGUCACAUCACAUUGUCCUCUAUAUAUUAUUAUUAAUUUGAGUUUGUGGGAACUUUAAAGUCAAGUUUUGAUUCAUAAAUGUGUAAUAAAUUUGGAAGAUAAAGAGUAGAAAUAAGGGAUAUUGGAUGCUUGUUUAAAAUUA